GUGCGCGUCAGCAUCGCGGUGAAGCAGGCCGAUGAGAUCGAGAAGAUCUUGUGCCACAAAUUCAUGCGCUUCAUGAUGAUGAGGGCCGAGAACUUCUUCAUCCUGCGCAGGAAGCCCGUGGAGGGCUACGACAUCAGCUUCUUGAUCACAAACUUCCACCCAGAGCAACACAAGCUGGUGGACUUUGUCAUCCACUUCAUGGAGGAGAUUGAUAAGGAGAUCAGCGAGAUGAAGCUCUCUGUCAAUGCCAGGGCCCGCAUCGUGGCAGAGGAGUUCCUCAAGAAC